UCGAUUCUGUGUCUCCGCGACUGAUCGCUUUUAUCCAUUUUUCUCUCCGCUCUGUAGUCAGUUCUUCUUCAAAUUCUCCUUUGUUGGCUACCACUGAAGGUAUUCGAUAAAAUCCAAUCCGUUUAUCUCGGUCACUUCUACUACCACAUCCAAAAACAACGCAAAGAACCAUUUCAAGCUUCACUUUCUCACUGUGAUCUCUCUAUUGAGCGCGUUUGUUUGGGCACCAACAUGGCGGAUAGCAACCGUCGUCAAGGCGGAGGUCACGUGGGUGAAAACCAAGAAUAGCUUUCCAACAUAGUUUCGCCAAAUCGCCAAGUUCUUGUUCAUCAUGCAAAUUGUAUCGUAGUAACUCAAUGGUUCAUCGUACAUAUCUACUGUUGAAACACUAACAACAUGGCGGAUAAUUUAACGAAGACUAUCACCAAGGCAAGAGCCCUUGCCGUCUGCCAUGUUAUUGUCGGGUUUCUACUCGUCUGUUUCGGUAUAGCAGACCGUGUCUUGGGAAGUUAUACUGGUAUUUUAUAUCUGGGGAUUUCGACCGGUAUAUGGAUGUUGAUCACAGGUGGUCUGGGAAUCGCUGGCACACGCAAAGAACCAAGUACUUCACGAAAUGCUUUUGCUGGUGUGUUUAUGGGCUUCUCUAUCACAUCUACUGUGCUUGGUGGCAUAAUUAUCAUCUGCUACGGCAUAUCCAGUACUUUCUAUGGCCCCAGACGUGCAAGGGCUAUCAUUGUAAUCAUUUUGAUUCUCGGCAUCAUUGAGUUUGUCAUUGGCCUCUGGGCUGCCGUGAGCCUCUGUCUGAUGAAACCUUGUACAUGUUGCUACGAUACUGCACCACAACCGGUGAGUCAUCCGAGAGAGAGGGUGGUGGAUUUUACGGCUAUAACACUUAAUACUGGGCCUUUUUUUGGCUAACGGUUACAUACUUCCCAUACGGUUAAGUGAAAUCUUAGAAACCAUUAUUUUAAACGUUAAAAUUGAUUAUCAUCGUUUCUAAAAUUGAAAAGUAUAUUUUGAUUUCUGAAAACAUAUUUAAGGUGAUCAGAACACUUUCCAACACUUAAAUUUUGAUGGGUCAUUAUAACCACUCUUUAUCACUUGAUACUACA